AUGAUGACCGACAACGACAUACCACCAAGACAGCGAACAUCGACAGACAUCAUGGUCGCUACACGUCGCGGUGCGAAAACCGCCCCAGAGGUCGCCUCUGCACCCCCCAACACGCUCAACGCCCCUCCCAAGCGCGGCAGGAAGAAGGCAGUCGAGGAAGCUGCUGAGCCAGCGCCUGCCCCGGCCAAACCCACAAAGACAACUGCUGUGAAACGCAAAGCCAGGGCUGAGCCUGAGGAUGCUGAGCCGCCCAUGGCCAAGAAGACUGUUGCGACAAAGGCCGCGCGCACCAUCAAGGUCCAGACCAGAGCCGCACCCGCCCCUGCUCCAGCAGUGAGGGCGACGCGUGGUCGCAAAGCCGAGGAGCCUGCCGCUACAGAGGAGCCCGAAGCCAUUGAAGAGGCCCCUAAGCCAACAGCCGCCCGUACGCGCAAGAUCGCAGCAGUGAAAAAGGCACCUGUACCCAAGGUCGAGAAGCCUGCUGUCGCCCCAGAGCCUGCCGUCGAAGAAACUGCCAAGCCAGUAUCAAGAGCUGUACGCAAAGCACCCGCAAAGAAGACACCCGUUUCCAAGAAGAGCGAGCCUGCAUUUGUCGACAAGACCGUCGCCAGCGAGCCUGCUAAGCCAGCUCCCCGUACACGCAAAGCAGCAGUGCCAAAAGCCUCCGCACCCGCACCCGUCAUUGUACCGAGAGCCACACGCGGUCGUAAUGCCCCUGCAGUCCCACAGGAGUCGCCGCUCAAGGCUCCGGCCCGCAAGCUCACAAAGAAGGCUGCUGUUGUCACUAAGGCGAAGUCUGAGCCAGAGCCGGACGCUCAAACAGUCGAGGAGCCUGUUGCGGAGAUCAUCGAGCAAUCUGUUGUAGAGGCAGAUGAACAUGCAGUCAUGGAAGAGGUGGAGCAGCCUGUCGUGGAGGCAAUCGAGAAACCGUUCGCAGAUUUCCCUACCUACCCGACAACCCCCUCCCACAUCACUGCCCCCAUGACCUCAAGAGAGGCCAUCGCCGAGCUUCCCGGCUACCCCACGACUCCCUCGCAUAUCCUCGCACCUUUGUCGAACAAGGCCGCUCUUACCGAACUCGCAGGAUAUCCCACGACACCUGCGCAUAUUGCUGCACCUGUCGCAAUCGCUACACCCGAGGUUCAGGCCGAAAUCAUCGAGCAAGGGUAUAAUGAUGUCGCCAUGAGCGAUGUUGAGGAGAAAGAAGCAGUCGACCAGAUUGAGGCUUGUCAUACUUCUACAGCUGCAGAGAGCGCGGUCGAGGCCACAAUAGAAGUGCCAGAGGGCCCUCAGCUCGUCGAGAAUCCGCACAUUGUUGAAGAAUCUGACUGCCAGGGCCGCCAGACUACGGCCGAUGUCUCCUUGACACCGGAUGCCAAGACCCAGGUAUCGGUCCAGCUAAAGACACCAUACUAUGAUGCGACGCCCGCCCAGCGUUCGUGUUCGGAGAUUUCUGGCACUCCACCUGCACAGAUCGUCUGGGGCGUCACCGAUCAGGAAGCAUUCGAGGAGCUUCCUGAGGCGUACCCUGCCACACCCGCCCACAUCAUCGCGCCCAUCACCUCCAAAGCAGCACUGGCCGAACUCCCGGGUUACCCCAAAACACCAGCUCAUAUCAGCGCGCCUGUGACCUCCAAGGCAGCAUUGGCCGAGCUCCCCGAUUACCCCAAAACACCAGCUCAUAUUAAGGCACCAAUGACUCCACGUCGCGCUCUCGCUGAACUGCCCGACUACCCCACAACACCAAGCCUGGCUCUCGAGGCUGCUCUCCAGGAAGAGAUCACUGCUUCAGUCAAGAAACAGACACCGUCACCUAUAAGAUUCUCAACUCUGAAGAACGACUCGUUCGAUCUCGAAGAACCAAGCGAGCUUGCCGACUUCACUGAGCUCACCGAAGCUAGCAAAUACAGUGAGAUCGCACCUACGGACACAGCUGUCGAGGCUUCUCCUUUUAUUACUAAUCCCACCAUGCAUCUGGCUCCGCUCAAACUUGCACCUACUUUUGCAGCCCUCGAGCCAGUGUCACCGAAGAAGUCCGCCUUGCGAUCACCUCAGAAGGUCAUGGACGCUAAGACUCCUAAGAAGACUGUCGCUUGGACAGACGUUCCAGCAGACGAGAGCGAUCUAUUCCUCUACGAAGGCAUCCUUCAGGGCAUGGUCUUCUACGUCGAUGUCACACGGAACGGUAGGGAGCAGAACUUCUUGUUCCGCGGUCUGCUCGAGGAUCUGGGCGCAAAGGUAGUACAAGACAUAUCGCAUGCGUCUCUUAGCCACGUUCUCUUCAAGGAUGGAAGCAUGUCCACACUGGAGAAGUGCCUUGAAAGCAAGGGAGCCAUCAAGUGUGUCAACGUGGGGUGGGUGUUGGAUAGUGAGUCAAACAAGAAGCGUAUGGACGAAGACCAUUACCUGGUCGACCUAUCCGUUGCGAAGCCAGCAACUCCUCUGCCUACUACUACGGCGAAGCCAUUCACACCUUUCAAGACUCCUUCCAAGUACGCGCUGCCUCCUUCAUCCCAGUGCAAGAUGCCUAGCACUCCGACAAGUUCAGAGUUCGAUCGCUCUUUCAAUGACGACAAGGAAAACUGCGAAGUUGGCAUGUUCUUCGACGACAAGAGCCCGCUUGCACCUCGCACACUUCCCGUCAAGAAGUCGUCUUUCUUGUUCAGCAGAUCAGCCAUCAAGACCCCAUCAAAGUCCAUCUUCCUUGGGGCGACGCCAUCGAAAGCGACCUUGUCGGCUAUGAAGCCUGCGCCUCAGGCCUUCACCACUGUCAAGAAGCGCCCCGCAGAGUCUUCCUUCUUCAACAGCUCCCUCGGUCCACCCAAGAAGCUGCGCCUCUUGUAG